AUGGUCGUCUUCACCCUCACCCACCCCCCAAACUCCCCAGUGACAAAGUUCGCCUCGGACCCGCCGCCCGCGCGCACCUUUUCUCGUCAACACGAGCUUCCCCGCCUCCCUAUCCCGCCGCUCGAGGACAGUUGCCGCCGCUAUCUCGACGCCUUGCGCUCCCUCCAGGACCCCCGCGAACAUGAGCGCACAAAGCAGGCCGUCGAGGAGUUUCUCCAGCAUGACGGACCCCGGCUGCAAGAUCGUCUGAGGGUGUAUGCGGAGGACAAGGCGAGCUACAUAGAGGAAUUUUGGUACGAGUCGUACCUCUCGCAUUCGGACCCCGUCGUCCUCGCCCUGAACCCGUUCUUCGUGCUCGAGAAUGACCCGACGCCUGACCGCGGAGCACAGCUGCCCCGCGCGGCAACGCUGAUCGUUUCGUCGCUGGGGUUUAUCCAUGACCUCCGCGCGGGCAUGCUCGAGCCCGACACGGUGCGCGGCACCCCGCUCGACAUGGACCAGUACACCAGGCUGUUCGGCACCGCACGCAUUCCCACCGAGAGAGGCUGUAGGAUGGAGAUCCACAACGACUCGAGGCAUAUCGUCGUUCUGAGAAGAGGGCAAUUCUACUGGUUCGACGUCCUCGACUCAGACAACCGCCCUGUGCUGACCGAACGAGAAGUCCUGCGGAACCUGCAAGCGAUCGUGAAGGACGCUGACGAGUUGCCGGUCCAUGAGGUUGCACGUAAUUCAAUCGGUGUGCUCUCCACCGAGAACCGCAAAGUCUGGUCGAGCUUGCGCAAGGCCCUUUCGCGGAAUCACAACAACGAGUCGUGUUUGCAGAUCAUCGACAACGCGCUGUUUGUUGUAUGCUUGGAUGACGCGACGCCGGAGAACCUGGCGGAGAUGUGUAAUAAUUUCCUGUGUGGUUCAUACAACCUCAAGGGAGGUGUACAGGUCGGAACGUGCACCAAUCGGUGGUACGACAAGCUACAAAUCAUUGUAUGCGCGGAUGGCUCUGCAGGGAUCAAUUUUGAGCACACUGGCGUAGACGGCCACACCGUGCUCCGCUUCGCUGCGGACGUGUACACCGAGGGCUUAAUGCUCCUCGCGCGUUCGAUCAACCCGUCCGCGCCGACACUAUUUCACGCGCCUCUCUCGCCGCACGCCAGAUCGUACAAGCCCGCACGUGGAGCACCGCCUGCACCACCGCCGAGCUACGUGAUCGACCCCGCGCCAAAGAAGCUCGAGUGGACGCUCUACCCAGAGCUGCGCGCGGCAAUUCGUUUCGCGGAAACGCACCUGAGCGAUCUGAUCUGCCAAAACGACUGCCAGGCGCUCGAGUUCAAGGGGUACGGGAAGAACUUCAUCACGAGCCAUGGGUUUAGCCCGGACGCGUUCGUGCAGAUGGCGUUCCAGGCGGCAUACUACGGGCUAUACGGGCGCAUUGAGUGCACGUACGAGCCGGCGAUGACGAAACACUUCUUCCAUGGCCGCACGGAGGCGAUACGUACGGCGCAGCCGCAUUCGGUGGAUUUCGUGAAGACGUUUUUCUCGGAGGCGCCGCUUUCACAGAAGAUCUCGGCAUUGCGCACAGCGUGCCAGGGACAUGUAAAACUCACGAAGGAGUGCGGCCAGGGUCUCGGACAGGACAGACAUCUAUAUGCGCUGUACUGUCUGGUGCAGCGUGAGCGCGAAGCAGCUGCCAAAGAGGCAGACGACGCACCGCCUUCCCCCGGGGGAAGCGUCAGCUCUGCCAGCAGCGUCGACAAGCCGCCGCUGCCGUCCAUAUUCGUCGAUCCGGGCUGGCAUACCCUCGGCACCUCCAUCCUGUCGACGUCGAACUGCGGCAACCCUGCGCUGCGGCUGUUUGGGUUUGGACCCGUCGCCGCCGACGGGUACGGCAUCGGCUACAUCAUCAAGGACGACGGUAUCUCUGUCUGCGCCUCGUCCAAGCACCUGCAGACGCGGCGCUUCCUCGACACGCUCGAGGGGUACCUGUUCGACGUGCAGCGCAUCCUCGUGCAGCUGCACCUCUCCGCGAACCCGCGCCCGGAACCGUUCGUCGACCACGCGGGCGUCCUGCGCGACUCAAAGACGGGCCGCCCGAUCAACGGCGCCGCGCAGGGGUACGGCGAGUACGACGACGGUGACACGAUGCUCGGCUACUCGUUCUUCGACAGCGGCGACGUCGAGCUGCUCGGGCGCCGCAAGCGCAUGCCGUCGUACUACAACACGGGGAAGAUCAUCCCCCUUGCGGAGUAUUGA